UACUCGUCUUGAUAUAUUCAUAUCGCAAAGAUUAAGGCGCGAGACUACUUAACAUUACUCCAACGCCUCGGCAGGUGUGAGAAGUGGAAUUCCAAGUGAGGGGUUCACCACACACGCACUAACUCCAGCUACCGCCGACUGAGGGAAAGAGAGAGGGAGAAGGAAGAGAGAACAUGAGGCUGCUUGGUCUAGUGGUGGCCGUUCUGGUGCUCGCCGCCGCCGCGUCCGUUCCGGUUUCGAAGAGGUCCCCCCGCUACUGCGGUAGAGACUUUUUAAGAUUCGUCGCCCGUACUUGCGCACGGUCGAAACGGUCCUGGCAAGCAGAUGAACGACGUCGUUGGGAAGGUCCUUACCAUCUGCCAGGUCUGACUAAACACUAUGACCGGACUGGAUACCAUGUGGACAGAUUGCCGUUCCAAGGCAGAAGACCGGAAGAUGUUCACACCGUGACUAGGAAACAGGCUGGACUGGCCUACUACUGCUGUGAGAGGGGGUGUUCUCACGAAGACAUAGCCUCCAUAUGCUAACAACGCUCACCUUGCAAUACCAGAACCAUAGAUGAGGCGGAGGAACUAAUUGAAAAGAAACACA